CGAUAAAUUCUCAUUGGGGACUUAGGUAUCUGCUCUAUCAGCAUUCAGCAUUCAACUCUCAUUUAGCUAGGCGCGUCUUCUCCAAACCCCGAGUUAUUUCGCGUCAAGGUUCCUUACCGAAGGCGAAUGAAAGCUUGGAUUGGUCUUUUUGUUUAUAAUUUCUAUAUAUAUUUUGAACCCUCAAUGCAUUUUAUGAAUCAUUUUGGUUCCCUUCUCGUACCACACCCGACGCCAUAAUGGUAGAAUGUCCAAUUUGUACCAAGCAAGUCCAAUCCGCUAAAAUCAACGAUCAUAUCGAUUCAGGAUGCCAAACCUUCCUUAUUGACACCUCUGCCACCUCGACCACUUCGUCCUCAUCUCAGAUACCUUCCGCUACCCAAUCAAAUGGUACCUCGUCUUCGUCGCAGAAGCGACCGGCGUCCAGCUUCUUCCAUACCCCUUCCGCCAAAAGACAAUUGACACCCGUCAAAGCCAGCACUUCCUCGAUUAACAAUGUUAAUGGGACAGGUGGAGGAACGAAGCUAAAUGGCGGGGUUAAGCGUUCCUUCGACGAAGGCCCCGGAGAAGAUUUGCCUAUGCAAGAUGCAGAGACCAGGGCAGAAGAGGUAGCGCCGGUCGAGACUGGCCGGGUAUUGAAAAGGACGAAGACACUUAGAGCAGCUCCCCUGGCUGAGCGCAUGCGGCCUAAGAACCUCGAUGAAGUCUUUGGACAGGAUCUCGUCGGCCCACACGGUGUUUUGCGAUCACUAAUAGAAUCCGACCGGGUACCGUCAAUGAUAUUAUGGGGUGCAUCUGGUACAGGCAAAACUACAAUUGCGCGUUGUAUAUCAAAUAUGGUUGGCUCUCGUUUCGUUGAGAUGAACGCUACAAGCUCUGGCGUGGCAGAAUGCAAGAAGAUAUUCAACGACGCGGCGAACGAGUUGGCAUUGACUGGAAGGAAGACGAUAAUAUUCUGCGACGAAAUACACCGUUUCUCUAAAUCCCAGCAGGACGUAUUUCUUAAACCUGUCGAAGCGGGCACGAUAACGCUCAUCGGCGCCACGACGGAGAACCCAAGCUUCAAAGUCGUCAACGCGCUUCUAUCAAGAUGUCGAACUUUUACACUACAGAAGCUAACGACAACAGACAUCCAGCUCAUCUUGUCACGAGCAUUACAAGCUGAGGUUUCGGCUACUUCAUCGCCGCUUUCUCCUCUCCUUGAUGAAGAACUUAUGAGCUAUCUUGCCAAUUUUGCCGAUGGCGACGCGCGGACAGCACUCAACCUACUAGAGCUGGCCAUGUCUUUAGCGAAUAGAGAGGGUAUGACAAAGGAAACAAUUAAGCAAUCGCUUACCAAGACUUUGGUAUACGAUCGAGCUGGCGAUCAACAUUACGAUACGAUCUCUGCAUUCCACAAGUCCGUCCGCGGUUCUGACCCAGACGCUGCGCUAUAUUAUCUAGCUCGCAUGCUUCAGUCGGGCGAAGAUCCCUUGUUUAUAGCUCGGCGAAUGGUUGUGAUAGCAUCCGAAGACGUUGGGUUAGCAGAUAAUUCACUUCUGAAUCUUGCAACCUCAACAUACACCGCAACGCAACAGAUCGGCAUGCCGGAAGCCCGUAUACCUUUAGCCCAUUGCGCCGUAGCGCUCUCUCUUGCGCCCAAGAGCACACGUGCUUACAGAGGAUUGAAUAACGCCUUUGCGGCUCUCAAAGAACCCGGGGUAGCGUCUUUACCGGUGCCGAUCCAUCUACGGAACGCGCCGACAAGGUUGAUGCGGGAGCUCGGCUAUGGAAGAGAGUAUAAGUAUAACCCCAACUAUAAAGACGGCAAAGUGAAGCAAGACUAUCUUCCUGAUGCGCUGAUUGGGCGCUCGUUUUUGGAAGACCGAGAUUUAGGUACUGAGAUCGAUCCAGACCUGGUUGUGGAUGACUCUUGAUUUCCGGAGUAUAAAACAGAUGUAUAUAAUCCCUUUUUCGGGACUUGAAUACAAGGUAUCAUGGGCUUAAGUAGUAUAUGGCGAGUUCGAUACAUUAGGAAGACCUCAAAAUUGAGGGAACAGGAAGAUAGAAAAUGCCUCAAAAGACGAUGCAAAAGCGGUGGCAGCAACAGGAUAUCCGCCUAUGUAAUUAUGGCAUCGUCCAUGAAUGAGUGUAUUUAAACACUUGUAAAUACACAUUCAGAAAACCAAAUAAAACUAGUACUCC